AUGCUCGCACAAAUGGAACAAAUCGGUGGCGUUAUGGAUUCCGGAAGAUUGGAUGAGGUUGUGCUUACUUACCUGGAUGAGCUGAUGGAACUUCGUUUAGCUGAGGCAGCAAAGGAGGAAAUAACGCUCGAAAAAUUGAUUGAACUUGCGAGAAGUUGCCUGUACGAAAUUUUCGCAGUUCAUCCAAUUCAAGCACCAAAGGAAGAAAAAACACCGGAAGCAGAACUGACAGAAAGACUCAGUAAAAUCUGUUUAGCUGAAACACCAAAAAAGUAG